AUGGCUUCUGCGGCAUCAUCCCCUCAGCCGCAGCAGGCGGCGUCUUCUGCGAACCUCACAGUCUUGCCUCCAAUAGUUACGGAUGCUUCAGCUAAGCGGCCGGGCCGUCAACGCUCUUCCUCAUACGCCCGUGAGCGCCUCUCAACACAUUCGAAUGUCUCGCUUGCUUCACACAACCGGUCGCGACCCGGGUCACAUGUCUUUCCCAUUUUCCAUUCCAGCCUGUCAUAUGCUUUGGUGCGCGAUUUUGCAUACCCACCGAUACAUCCCCUCCACUAUGGUCCGCUGCCUCCUCGUGCAUCCAUAGCAUCCACCCCGGCCAGUGAGCCACGACGCCUGUCUGACCCUCCGGCUCCGUGGGAUAGCUCGCGUGGUCAGUGGUCUAUGGGCCCCUGGAGCACUGAUCACAGUUACGGGCAUCAGCAGCUGCCUGCCAUGUCCUUUGGCGAUGGUCCGCCCUACAGCGAAGACGAAGACCUGCACAGCCCAGUCUUCUCCACACCCCAUCACCGAAAGAACAAGUCCACUGGCACCGAUUCUAAUGGGCGCAAGAGCCGGAAGUUCAAUCGUGCACAUGGAAGUGUAUAUUAUGAGAAUGAUGCCGAACGGGGCACGCUCGUCAGCAUGAAUCCGGAUGGUAGCGAGACUUACUAUGUGAAUGACGACGACCACGAUGAUAUGGACGAUGGCCCCGGAGGCGAGUAUGUCACCUAUCCAGCUAACGAAAGCCGGUAUUCCCGAGCGGGCGAUUACGGUAAUGACCAGUCCUAUGGACACGAGGGUGACUUCGAAUCCGAGGAUGAUUAUGAAACACAUCGGUAUUCGCGAGAUUUUCAGUUUGCGGUGGGAUGCCCAGAUGAAGAGAUGCACGGCAAGGCGGUUGCGCUCUUUGACUUCACACGCGAGCACGAGAAUGAGCUGCCUCUGACCGAGGGGCAGGUGAUCUUUGUGUCAUACCGGCACGGUCAGGGCUGGCUGGUAGCGGAGGAUCCCCGGACCGGCGAGAGUGGACUGGUUCCUGAGGAGUUCGUCCGGCUGCUCCGUGAUAUCGAAGGUGGGUUGACGUCGUUG